AUGGCUUCCGCGACUGGAAUCGAUACUGGUAGCGACCAGCUGAGGCACCGAACGGGGCUUGCAGAGAAGCAGGCCAACGCUCUGUCCGCCACCCAUCACAAUGUCAUUGAGCCCGAGGACACAAAGACCCGAAAGGCCACCACAUCGACCGCCGAACAGGGCACCUUCUACGAGAUUGAGCGAAUCAUGGGCCCCAUCAUCUUCACCGCCCUGGCUCUCUUCACCCGUCUCUACCGAAUCGGCGUCUCUAACAUUGUCACCUGGGACGAGGCUCAUUUCGGCAAGUUUGGUUCCUACUACCUCAAGCGGGAGUACUACUUUGAUGUGCAUCCUCCUCUUGGAAAGAUGCUGGUCGGCCUGUCCGGCUACCUGGCAGGCUAUAACGGUUCCUUCGGUUUUGAGUCCGGCCACACCUACCCCGAAGAUCUCGACUACACCACCAUGCGAGUGUUUAACGCCAUGUUUAACGUGUUCUGUGUGCCCCUGGCUUACUUCACCGCAAAGGAGCUCAAGCUCAACGUGGCCACCGUGUGGCUCGUCACCUCCAUGAUCCUGUUUGAAAACACCUACGUGACUCUCGGCCGAUUCAUUCUGCUGGACUCCAUGCUCGUCUGCUUCACCUUCACCACCGUCUACGGUCUUGCCCGGUUCCAUAACCUGCAGCGAGAGCCCUUCUCCCGGCAGUGGUGGACCACUCUGCUGCUCACCGGCAUCUCCAUUGGUUGUGUGACUUCCGUCAAGAUGGUCGGUCUCUUUGCCACUGCUCUGGUUGGUGUCUACACUGUGGUCGAUCUCUGGAUCAAGCUCGGUGACACCAAGAUGCCUUACAAGACCUACUUCAUGCACUGGGUUGCCCGAAUCAUCGGCUUUAUCAUCCUGCCCACUUUGGUGUUCAUGGCUGCUUUCAAGGCCCAUUUCAUCAUCCUCACCAAGUCUGGACCUGGCGACUCCAACAUGUCUUCUCUUUUCCAGGCCAACCUGGAGGGAACCAACAUUGUCGGCGGCCCCCAGGAUCUCGCCUACGGCUCUCGAUUCACCCUCAAGAACCAGGGCUACAACGGAGGCCUUCUGCACUCCCACGUCCAGACUUACCCCGAAGGAUCCGAGCAGCAGCAGAUCACCACCUACCACCACAAGGAUGCCAACAACGAGUGGCGAGUCGAGACCCCUCGUGACCGAGAGGCCUACAACGCCAACACCUCCGAAAUUGAGCUGCUUAAGCACGGUGACGUUAUCCGAUUCAUCCAUCUGAAUACCGGCCGAAACCUCCACUCUCACCAGAUCCCCGCUCCUCUCACCAAGGGCGACCACGAGGUGUCUUGUUACGGAAACCUGACCAUUGGAGACAACAAGGACCACUGGAUCGUUGAGAUUUAUGACAAUUUUGGCCCUGGCGACAACAAGGUCGUUCACCCUCUGACUACCACUGUUCGAUUCAAGCACGAGGUUCUUGGCUGCUACCUGUCUGGCAAGGGCAACCAUCUCCCUCCUUGGGGUUUCAAGCAGGGUGAAGUCACCUGUUCCAACAAGGUUGGCAAGAAGGAUAAGUCCACUCACUGGAACUUUGAGCAGCACUGGAACGAGCGAAUGCCCGAUGCCAACAACACCAAGCCUCCUAAGACCUCCUUCAUUCGAGACUUUGUUCAGCUCAACGUUGCCAUGAUGGCCUCCAACAACGCUCUUGUUCCCGAUCCCGAUAAGCACGACGAGCUUGCCUCCGAGGCCUGGAUGUGGCCCCUCAACUGGGUCGGUUUGCGACUCUGUGGAUGGAGCAGCACCAUCAUCAAGUACUACCUGCUUGGUAACCCCGUCAACAUGUGGGGAACCACCUUCUCUCUGUUUGUGUUUGGCAUCAUGACUCUGGUCUACCUGAUCCGAUGGCAGCGACAGAUUCCCGACUUCUCCGACGCCCAGAUUGAGAAGUACAUGGUCUCCGGUAUCAUCCCCGCUCUGGGAUGGUUCUUCCACUACCUGCCCUUCAUCAUCAUGGGCCGUGUUAAGUACGUUCACCACUACCUGCCUGCUUUCUACUUUGCCACUCUUGUGUUUGGCUUUGUCGUUGACCACUUCACCUCUCGAGCUCCCGCCUCUGUCAAGUGGGGUGUCAACAUUCUCUUCAUCUCUGCCGUGACCGGUAUGUUUGUUCUGUUCUCCCCCAUCUCUUUCGGUAUGGAGGGCGAGCCCGGAGCUUACUCAUACCUCAACUGGCUCAAGGGGUGGAAGAUUUAG